GCGACCCGUUGUAAACAGCAGCACCCGCUUCGCCACACAGCUAAAUACACCUGAAUGGAGUUUCACGAAGACAGGGGUUAAACCCAGAACACGCUUUUCUGAAGACUCAAGCUCAUCGAUUUGAUUUCAUCUCCCAUCCAACACUGACAGAAGGGCUGCCGGGAACAAAAGACACAUGAUGCCUUCUAACCCGACCAGAGCACGCGCCAGAGACCGGGGCAACCUGCUGGGCAGACCGGAGUUCUUGUCCCUGAACCAACCCCUCCGCGCGGGUCUCUCCGAGGGUCGCGGCACGAGCCGGCGAGGCGGACACACCAAGUCGCAGCCGGGACAACCGUGGGACUACCAACCGGAGCCCGCGGACACUGCCAAAGAGCGCAGAGAACCGGCGAAACUCCCCGAGGAGGACUGCAUGCAGCUCAACCCGUCUUUCCGCGGCAUCGCGGUCAACUCCCUCCUGGCCAUCGACAUCUGCUUGUCCAAGAAGUUGGGCGUGUGCGCCUACUCCUCGUCCUCGUGGGGUAGUGUCCGGUCCAUGGUCACUCUGCUGGCGCUGACGGGACACGGGAUCACGUGGAUCUUUGGUACCCUUGUGUGUCUCACCAGAAGUAAUACGCUGGCGGGCCAAGAGGUCUUGGUCAAUCUCCUGCUCGCGCUGCUCCUGGACGUGUUGACGGUGGCGGGCGUGCAGAAGCUGGUGAAGCGGCGCGGUCCCUGGGAGAUGUCGCCGGGCUUCCUGGACUGCGUGGCGAUGGACGUGUACUCGUUCCCGGCGGCGCACGCCAGCCGUGCUGCCAUGGUGACCAAGUUCCUGCUGGCGCACCUGGUGCUGGCCGUGCCGCUGCGCGUGCUGCUGGUGCUGUGGGCGGCGCUCGUGGGCCUCUCCCGGGUCCUCCUCGGGCGACACCACCUGACCGACAUGGCGUGCGGCUUCGCCGUCGGCCUGCUGCACUUCAGCCUGGUGGAGACCGUGUGGCUCUCCUCCGCCACCUGCCAGACCAUCAUCUCCAUAGCAACGCUCAGCUGCAGCCCCUUCAGCUAGGACACGUCUCAUUGGCUGGGCCCUUCAGCUAGGACACGUCUCAUUGGCUGGGCCCUUCAGCUAGGACACGUCUCAUUGGCUGUGCCCUUCAGCUAGGACACGUCUCAUUGGCU